UAAAACCAGACUUCCUGUUUGCAGGGGGGAAGGAAACCAAAGCAAUGGAGCCAAACUUCCUCAAAGCUUUCCCAGAGUUUCAAGUCAAUCCAUUCUCAGAAGAGGAGGAAAUUGCGCAAGGAGAAAAGAGGAAAUACAUAAAGCCAACUUCUCGAAAUGACCCUAAACUAGAAGCUCUACAAACAUUCUUUAUGGAUUGGAUUAACACAACUCUGAAGCAUGAACACAUUCUGGUGAAAAGCCUUGAACAAGACAUGUAUGAUGGAUUAGUACUUCAUCAUCUCAUAGAGCGACUUGGAUCCCUCAGCCUGGAAGUAGAGAAAAUUGCAUUGACAGAGAAGAAACAAAGGCUUAAACUUGAGAUUAUUCUGAAGUCUGUGAACCAGUGUUUACAGCUAGAAGAAAGCCAACUGAAAUGGAGUGUAGACUCCAUCUUCAGGAAAGACUUGCUGUCCACGUUGCAUCUUCUGGUGGCCAUCGCCGGCCACUUUCGACCGGAGCUCGCUAUACCUCCGAACGUUAAGGUGGAUGUCAUAAACGUAGAGUAUACUGCGAACGGAUUUAAGACAGAAGAUGCAAUUGAGUACAUCACCGGGAGCAGGGAACCUGACGAAAGAUCUUCACAAGCUGAAAUCUUUGAUGAAUUAAUGACAUAUGCUCCAGAGAAAGUGGAUGCAGUGAAAGAGGUAUUUUUGAAGUUUGUCAACAGACACGUUGGGAAGUUAGGACUAAGUGUGAAAGACAUUGACUCUCAGUUUGCAGAUGGGGUUAUUUUACUCUUGCUAAUUGGGCAGCUUCAGGGCUAUUUCAUCAAUCUGGGAGAUUUCUUCCUGAAACCAAGUUCCCCUGCAGAAAUGGUACACAAUGUAAGCCUUGCAGUAGACUUGCUAAUGGACGGAGGCCUUCUGGAUGUACCUAUCAACCCUGAAGAUCUCGUGAACCGAGAUAUGAAGACCACGUUGCUAGUCUUGUACUGCCUGUUUUCCAAAUACAAGACCAAAGGGGCAUAAAGAACUGAAAUCAAAAGGCCUAUGCCAUAUUUGCUAGUGAAUAGUCUAAUUUUUAGUGCCAAUAAUUGUUUGAUGCUUUGCAUCUACAUACAUAUUGUAUGUGUAGAUGAGAAUAUGUUUCAGUUACCUAAACUUGGUGGAUGCUGACAUUUACUGGUAAUUCUUAAGGUUUUAAGAGGGCCAGCAGGAAAUGGCAGGUAAGACUUGACAGAAAUCAGCAUGGCAUUUGAACAUCUACUGAAU